AGCGUCUAGUUACAGCAAUGUUGAACUGCUAUUCCUUAGAAGUUACUUGUUUUUAUUCAUUUUUUAAUUUGUUGCUGCUAGCAAAAUCUUCAAUUCCAUCUGAUUGUUCUCCUCCGACUAUUCUGCAAACAGAAGAGCUAGCUAAGGCGAAAUUUCGGCUCCAAGCCUUGUAGUAGUUAACUUUGCAAAUAUGUCCAAAUUUAGCUUUAGGAGAAGCGACAAAAUGGCAUUUAAACACAUAGCUCAUGGCUUGAUCCCUGCUGCCACUAUUGGUCCUAGACCUGCAGUCCCCCGUACCCCUCCCCCUCGCAGUCCAUACCCCUCUCCAGAAAGACCCAGGUCUGCUCUGGCAGCUGCCAUUUUGGCUUCAACACUAACAGGGCGCACAGUGGCCAUUCCGCCUCUCCGGCAGAGAUCCUACUCGGAGAGUGACUGCUCCUACUCCGAGAACAGGAGCACCGUGGACCCCUAUGCUACUACUGCUGAGCUGACGGGGAACAGGUGGAAUGAGUCAAUGGAUGGUAGACCCCGCUUGCCCUCUCCCACACACACGGAUGAAGACUAUGAAGAAGAAGAGGAAAAUGCAGAAAAUGAGGUGCAUUCAGACUCUGAUGAAGGACAUGUGUACCACUCUAUAGAAAUGGAGGAUAAGGGCCCAAUUCAAGAUGCUGUUUAUGCUGUUCCGCUCAAAAAGAAGGCUCCCCCCACGUCCGAGAGAAGCAGCACGACGGACUGCUCUGCUGUUGGGGUGUUGUCUGCUGGUUUCCUAAGCGAGCCACAGCCGACAGAAGAGAACAUUACAGUUCAAGAGAGGGCAGUUCAGAAGGUAACUAUGCCAAAAAUGGAGCAGGCUCACAGGACAACUCCAUCUCCAGAUUUAACCGAUGACUUGAGUGUAGAAACACCUAGGACAGGUCCCAAUUCUCCCAAGAAGCAAACAUUAUUAAAGAAGAAUUUAAUGAAGGACAACAGAUCAGAGCUGGUUGAGGAGGCGUACAGAGAAGCCCUGGAGCUGCACAAGGAGAGGCUGAGAGAGGUGAAAGCGCAGACCCAGGCCCUGGCUGCUGAGAAGCAGGCCCUGGCGCGGCAGUGUCAGGAGCAGGGCGAGGGGCUGCAGGCGGCGCAGCUCGCGCUGGAGCAGCUGAAGCAGCAGAACAGGAAGCUGCGGGCGGCGCGCGAGAAGAGCCCCCGGCAAGAAGUGGCUGAACUGCUGUCUCUCAGACAACAGGCCCAGGAGCUGGUUGAUGAAAAUGAUGGGCUGAAAGUGACUGUCCAUCGGCUGAAUGUGGAGCUGAGUCGCUAUCAGGCAAAGUUCAGACCGCUGUCCAAAGCUGAGUGCCCCAAGAUCAAUGCCUUGCCAAUGAAAGGACCGCCCCCUCCCUGGCUGCUGGACAUGAAAUAUUUAUCUCCUUUACUUUUGGCAUACGAAGACCGUCUGAGUGAGAAAGACGAGCUCCUGCGUGUUUGUGAGGAGGAGCUGAAGACCUUCAGCACACGUGUGGGAGAGGUGGUGAGAGAGAAUGAGGAGCUCCACCAGCAGCUUGAGAGGAGUGGCCCAGUCGGCCGGCACGAGUGGCAUCAGCUGCAAGAUCAGGCAAAAUUGGUACUGGAGGAAAAUCAAGUGCUGAUGGAACAGCUUGACAUACAGCAGGCUAAAGCCAAGGAAACCCACAAUCUCCACAUUAACGAAGUCUCCAGACUUACCAAAGAGCUAAUGCUGUUGGAGUCAGAGAAGCAGAGGCUGCAGGAGGAGCUGUCCAAGUCAGACAAGCAGCUCCAAGCAUUGCAGGCCCAACACAGGGAAGCCCGCAGCAACCUGGACACUGCAGUGAGCUGGGAGGAGCACUCCAUCGCCAUUAACAAACUCAAAAAACAAUUACAACAAGAGGAAGAGAAGAAGAAGGCCGAAAUUGAAGAGCUGAUGGGUCCAAUUGCGUCCCUCCAAGCAGAGAAGAAAACCUUGCUUUUGGAAAAUAAGAGCCUUAGUGCUGAAAAAAAGACCUUAGAGGCAGAGCUUGAAAUAUCACAGAAAUCCAACAGGAAAGCACAGAAGAAGAUCAGGCUGUUGAAGCAGCAGGUCGAGGAGGCCAUGGACAGAGAGCUGGCAGCAAACCAAUACCUGGCCAGCAUCAUCUCCCUAGCGGAGCGAACCACGCAGGAGAGAGACCAGCUCAUGCACAUGGCAUCCACUCUGGAGCAGGACAAGAAUGGCGUGUUGAACCGGAUUAUAGAGGGCACAGUUCGACUGGGAAAGAUGCAAGAAAAAGUCAGGGUGUACAAGAAGAAAGCCGCCGCCAGGCUGGGAGUCAUGGGGCACCGCCUGCAGGAGCAGGAGGACGACUUCGCAGGGAAGGCAGACUCCUACCAGAGAGAAAUCCGACACCUCCAGCGGCUGCUGCGAGACAGACAGGAAGUGCUGGACCAGGCGCUGCAGCAGAAGAGAGACGUGGAAAGUGAGCUGGAGCUGGUCUGGGAGUCGGCCUGCAGAGAGAACCGCAGAAUGAAGGAGGCCUUGUUGGGCUGCUGGUCCAGAAGAACCCCAGCCUCCACCGGCCCCGGGCUGCAGGCGCUGGGCUUCCGCUCUCCCAGGGGCCCCCGGACGGCCCCCGAGCCCCAGCCGGGGAACACCAGCUCCCCGCCUUUGACAGCAACGCAGGGGGGUGGCAAGUCCGGGCUCCAGCAGAGCCCCAUGUUUGAAUCCGAUUCGGACCCGCAGCAGGGCCCUUCCUCGGAUGAGAGCGAGCAGAAUGGGCUGGACUUCUAUUCGUAGGAGAUGGGUGCUGUCUGCGCAAGAGGGUAAUUAAACCCUAGGAAUCUGUUGGGGUGUCAUUUUUCUCUAUUUAUCUAUAAGUUGAUAAAUUAUAUCCUACAUAACAUAUUUCAUGCAGACAAUUUGGUGUUCUCCAGUCCGUGUAACGAGGAGUCUUUGCUUUUCUUUCUUUGCCUAGUUCAGUUUUGCUACAUGCUGCUCAUGGAAGUCCCAGUCUCUCAGCCUCAAGCUGGAGAAAAGCUCUUGCCAUGGCAAAGUAUUCACCAUACGUGUCUUAGAAACAACUUCAGAAUGGCAGGCUGCCAUAUGUCAAUGAUCCCUUGCAGUAAUUGAAAGAAUGUUAAAAACAUAGAAGGCUGAAACUAAAAUAAAGGUCUGAAAAUACCACAAUAAAAUUACUGUGAUAAAACUGCAUAAAUUUAAGCAGUAAUGAGUAUAUCUGAAUUAAGAUCACAACUCUUAGCAUGCCAUUUUCCCUAAUAGAGCUGAGAGCUGGUGGUCUAUUGGCACCUUAGUCACAGAGGCCUCAUCGGGUUUCUGGGGUUGCCUCUUAAUUACUGCUCCAUCAGACGAGCUGAGAAAAGGCACAACAGGCUCUCAAGCCCACGAUGCUCUUCAUACUGUUCACUUAACUGUCUGAAGCCUGCAAGGAAAAAGGAGUUUUUCCAGCCUUUUCAGCCCUACUGACUACAAUAUGCAGCCAUAAAGCACCUCCACAUAUUAUAUACAUUCACCUUUGAUAAGUACAGGACAUGAGUCCUCUAUUUAGCCAUUUAGCAUUCUCUUCAAGAGUGUUCUGUCAUUAAAACCACUUAUUGCUAUGUAUUACAUCUUUUGAGUUCGUAUUGUGAAUGAUAUCUCCUUUCUCUUUUGUCCUUAAAGAUCUGCUUCUCCACUGUUUUCAAGUCCUUUCUGAAACUGAAUUGAAAGAAGAGCAGAUUUCUGUUGGUCAGAUGAUUGUUUUUAAUCCAGACAUGCGAAGGUUGUAACACUAAUGAGAACCACUUGCAGCUGUCUUGUGGUCAAGGUGACAGUAGGGGUUCCAGUCUGUUUUUCGUCAUGGUGCAUGGGAGACCUCAGGUUGUAUCUGUGGCACUCCAGGGGGCACAGCAGUCAGCACUGCGGCCCUGGGUUCAGCUCCUUGGACACUCCCUGCGUGCAGGUAGUUUGUUGUCCCCGUGUUCGUGUGGGUUUCCUCUCGCAGUUCAAACACAUGCUGUAUGGUUAAUUGUUUUCUGGGAAAACUGGCCCUGGUUUGAUUGCGUGUGUGUCUGUGUGCCCUGGGAUGGACCGGCUUGCCGUGUGCCUGUUGCUCCGUGUCACUGUGUGGGAUAAAGCCAUUAGAAGAUGGCCAGAGCUGGAUUCCACCUGGGGUUAGUCUACCACUUGGUGACCGAUUCAUACAAAAUGGUCUCACUAUUGACUUUGUGUGAAAAUGUGUGUCGUUUCAUAAAGAUGUUGCUCCCGUAAAACAUACUGCACGGAUACUGUAAAUUUUAGGUUAUUGUGUAUUACCAAAUUAAAGUAUUUUUAUAGUACAAAGAAUGUAUAACUUAGGAAAUGAAUUCAUUAAAAUAAUGUAUUAAAUAUUUCCCAAAUAUAAUUUAAUUUAAUUAAUGUGAUUAAUACAUAUGUGAUACAGUCCCUAACAUCAUAGGUCCAGUGUUGAAGAAAUCAGAUGCCCUAGUUUUCUUUUUAUAUAUUAUAUGUAAACCUAAAUAUAUUAUUUAAAAACAUUGCAUAACAAGUAUUCAUGCAACAGAAGUCACGUGUGAAAUAGGAUUUAGAGAUGUUCUAAUUCAUAAUGUUAGUAGCGUAAUGAAUGCAUUAGAUAUGCAUCACAUUCGCUUAGUUAAUACAACAUGAAUGCUAAAUCUUUCCUUAUCCUCUGCUGCAAAUUAAGUCUUGAUCCAUUUGCUUUUCUGUAAAUCAGUUUUUACAACACAUACAUAAAAUAAAUAAGAUCAAGGCUAAUAUUGUGCGAUUACAAAAAAAUCUUAUUUUACUGAGCUUUAUGAACUAAAAAAAUAUCACUCUAGCCUCUAGUGUUACUGCACUAUAAUAGAGUUACUUUCAAAGUUGGCUCAACAGAUUCUGGCUUCUGGCUGUCUGGAAACGUGCCCCAUUUGUAGUAAUAUUGACAGUGUCCAAAAAAACAACACAAAGAAAGUUGACAGAGUGAUGUUCACCUCAAGAUUCACCAAGAGAAUUCGUAUGUUGUCUUAAGUGUACCUGGGCCACUAUCUGUGUGGAGCCUGUAUGCUCUUCCUGUGUUCACCUGGGUCUCCUCCAGGUGCUCCAGUUUCCUUCCACAGUUCAAAAACAAUACUUCUAGCUUAUUUGGCUUCUGGAAAACUGGCCCUGGUGUACAUGCCUGUGUAUACUGCAAUGGCCUGGCAUCCUGUCUAGGAUGUGUCCUGCCUUGUGCUGGUUGCAUGCUGGGAAGAGCUCGGGCUCCCCCAUGAUUCUGAAUUGGAGGAAGUGGUUAAAAGGAGUGUGGGUAAACAUUACCAGGUUUCCACAAGACUUCAGUAGUUAAUUGCUCCAUGGAGCCAAGUGAUAAGUUUCUUGAUGUACACACAUUUGUGGCAUUUGAAACUGUGAGCUAAGUUUCAGGUUGACUCUUUCUGACAUAAUAGUGACUAAUGUAGAUCUCUCUUCACAUUCUCUUGACUUGCAUAGUUGUGCAACCUGACAAUAAAUUAAUAUUGUAAAAUUAGGGCCUGCAUUAUCUUAUCAAAUCCCAAGUAUUUAUUUCUUGUCUUAGUCACUUUUGGCCCCUGAAAUGUAAGAAACAAAUCUUACAAUCUUUUUUAAGGUUAAAUUUAAUAAGCACUUUUUACUUUGAAAAUGAAUUUCAUCCAUCAGUUAUUUUACCAAAGUUACUCCCCUGAUCUUGUUUAACAUAUUUACUGAUCUGUUGCUGGUUUAUUGCUGCAAGUAGAUUAAAUAAUAUGUUUGCUUCUAACAGCUGUUCAACUAGCUAUUUUAUUCACAUUAAAGUGUCACAGAGCAUUUCUCCCUCCAUGCAGUAUGAGUUUCAUAUUUGAUCUGAGGCAUUUAGAGCAGCUUUGAAGGUCUGUAGUCUAUGCUUUAAAUCACUUGUGUUUCCAUCGUCUGUUUUCUAUUCACUAUAACAUGUUAGUUUUACAACUGGUAGUUAUGCUAGCAUCAGUUAGUGUGUUCUCUGGUAUCCUCCAGCAUGUUAAGGUGCAAUACUGUUACCUUAAUUCCUGUCAUUGUUGGCAUUGCUACCCAGACAUGUCGUAGUGAGAUGUGGUAAUUGGAGAAUGAUAGGUUUCAGAUUUUGCCUUGGUUAUGAAGGUCUAAUAGUGGAGGAAUUAUUGGAGGACUGCAUUUCAGAUGAGCGGUAAAGGAUGAAAGGGUAAUCGUUAGGACUGACGUAAAGGACCUGACUUCAGACUCCGGGAUCUCUUCAUUUAUGUGCCUCUUUCGCCAACAGCUAAACAGCCAUGUAAAAACUGGUUGUGGUUAGACACAGCUCUCUGAAAGCAGGCGGAUGUUGAUGUUGUUAAGCACAGUCAUGAUAAAAGGAAGGUCUUUUACAAAUCACACAUAGGUAAUGAAAAAUGAUACUGCAGUCCUUGGGAGAACAUGGUGGAAUAAAUGAUGAAAACCACUGGAAUGUGUAGAAAUUUCCCACUUCUCUUAAGUGAACUAAGACUGCCUAGCCUGGUGUGAAAUAUUCUUCUUGUUUGUAUGGCUUGGUCUAUUUUUAAGAAGACUUCAGUUUUUCUAGCUCUUUGCCUUUGUAUUUUGAGGAAUGAACAGCACUUAUAUGCAAGCUGUAUGUGUGUUCGUGCCACCACCCUUCCACUUUGAUGAAGAUGUUUCUAUAUUUCAGAGGUUCAGCACAAGAGAUUUAUUUUUUGUCUACAAGUAAAGUGAAAUACUAUACAUAGACACUCAGGGGAGAAACAAACCAGCAUCUCGAUUUAAGAUUCAUUUAUUUAACCAAGAAACGUGCUUUGUGAUAAGCACCUUAUUUUCACAGAGAAGCUUGUCCACAUGAGGCAACAAGUGAUAUGCUGUAAAGAAAGUUACAAAUAAAAUUAAAACAAACUAAUGUCAGUUGUCAAAAAGAUGUAAAAUACAAAAGACAAAACAAGAGAGCAAUCAGUACAUGUUUUUUUUUACUGAUUUUAUAUGUAAAUUCUGUACAGUAUCAGUUAAGCAGAACAUAUGUUGAUUUCUAUUGGUUUGGAUAAAAUGUUUCUAACUUAAAGACGUUGCACUAUUUCCUAUAGAAUAUUGCUCAGAAUUCUAUCACGCUUCAGCACAACUACUAAGAGGUGGGACCUGCAAGUAAAUAUUUUAAUUGUGCAAUCUUCCAUAACCUACAUAUUUAGAAACUCAUUCACCCUUGAUGUCAUUUCUUCCAUCCUCGUGGGGUUUAGCGAGUCCUUCAAAUCUGUGUACGAGACUCAACAACCUUUUUUGUCUAUGAUUUCCAAUCUGCUACUGCAUUUAUCAGAAACCAAGCUGUGCUCUUAACUCAUGAGCUGUGGAGUCUACCUUUAGACAUACACAGUGCUGCACAGUGUGUGUUCUACCUUACAGAGGGACAAGGCCUGUUUCAGACCUAAAAAGUGUCUUUGACUCAUUUCAAUAGCACACUGAUUUGAGGCCUAGAGGAAAGAAGAAAUGAUAUGAGUAGCCAAAGUUACCAACUUGUGCCAAAAAUCUUCGUUGAGAAAGUGAUUUUAUGAAGAGUUUAUACAAUCAAACAUUAAAAGAAAUGUAUCACCCUUUUUACUUAUGUAUGUUUCUGGACAAAUAAAAUAUAAAAAUAUGCGGAUGUUGAA